CCAUAAGCCCUGCCCUGCCUUCCAUCUCUUCAGAAACCUACCAGUCGCAGCAUUCGCCGAAGCCGGCUGAAGGGAAGACGAGACCGCAACCAGGAAAUAAAAGGCCACAGAGAGAGAGAGAGGGAGAGGAUCCCCAGUUCAUAUCUGGACUAUUCUCUUCCACUUCUAUCUCUCCUCCCUUCGAGUUGCGAUGGAGGGAGAGCAGAAGAGGUCCAUUUCUUCGGACGAGCUUCGCAAACACAAUGUGGCUACGGAUCUGUGGAUCUCGAUCCAGGGCAAGGUCUACGAUGUCACCAGCUGGCUCAAGGACCACCCCGGCGGCGACCUCCCCCUCCGCAACCUCGCGGGCCAGGACGUCACCGACGCUUUCGUCGCCUACCACCCCGGCACCGCCUGGAAGCACCUUGACCGCUUCCUUAUCGGGCACCUCUCCGACUACGAAGUCUCCGACGUCUCCAAGGACUACCGCCGCCUCGUCGGCGAGAUCUCAAAGAUGGGACUUUUCGAGAAGAAGGGCCACAUCUCGGGCGUCACUCUUGUCCUCAUAGCCGUCCUCUUCUCCGCCGCCGUCUAUGGCGUUCUCUUCUCCAGCUGUGCUUUGACGCAUGUGGUUUGCGGCGGGAUGAUGGGGUUCCUCUGGAUCCAGUCUGGCUGGAUGGGGCACGAUUCGGGGCACUAUCGGAUCGUCAAGAAUGCCAAGCUUAAUCGCUUCGUCCAGAUCGUGACGGGGAAUUGCCUCACGGGGAUAAGCAUAGCGUGGUGGAAGAGGAACCACAACGCCCACCACAUUGCCUGCAAUAGCCUCGAGUUCGAUCCAGAUCUCCAGCACAUGCCCCUUUUCGCCGUCUCCUCGAGGUUUUUCAGCUCCCUCACCUCUUAUUUUUAUGAGAGAAAAAUGAGUUUUGAUGCAGUUUCUAGAUUCCUGGUUAGCUACCAGCACUGGACUUUCUAUCCUGUCAUGUGUUUUGCAAGAAUUAAUCUUUUUGCUCAAUCGAUAUUGCUUCUGCUGUCGAACAAGAAGGUGCCCAAUAGAUGGCAGGAGAUCCUCGGGGUCAUGGUUUUCUGGGUCUGGUAUCCGCUCCUUGUCUCAUGCUUGCCGAAUUGGGGUGAAAGGUUGAUGUUCGUUGUCGCGAGCUUCGUGGUAACUGGAAUUCAGCAUGUUCAGUUUUGUCUGAAUCACUUCUCGUCGAGUGUAUAUGUCGGGCCUCCAACCGGGAAUGAUUGGUUCGAGAAGCAGACAAUGGGUACACUGAACAUCUCUUGCUCCCCGUGGAUGGAUUGGUUCCAUGGUGGAUUGCAAUUCCAGGCGGAGCACCAUCUCUUCCCUCGCCUGCCGAGAUGUCAUCUUAGAAAGGUGGCUCCUUUUGUGAGGGAGCUCUGCAAGAAGCAUAAGUUGCCUUACUCGAUUGCUUCAUUCUGGGAGGCAAAUGUGAUGACAGUCAGGACUCUCAGGACUGCUGCAUUGCAAGCUCAAGACCUGUCAAACCCAGUUCCGAAGAAUUUGGUAUGGGAGGCUGUUAACACUCAUGGAUGAAAGGUUCUUAGGCCUCCUCUGCUGCUGCCAAUACUGAACUUGUGCUUCGAUUUCAUUGGUCGGUUCUGAUCAGGCUGGGAUUACUGAUGAUCAUUCUCUAUCUUAUUGAAGUUCUUGUUUUGGUUGCAGUUAGACUCUGAGCUAUCCUCCAAUCUAUAAGCUCUGGAAUUGUUUUAGUUGCAUUUCUCUUUUAAUUAAUAAUGGUGAUGUUAAUUUAUAUUCUGAUAGCAGUUUUGGUUAUGAUGGAGACCAGAUUUACUGUUAAUUCAGCAAGAGUUUGCUCUUGAGCCGCUUUUGUAACUGAAUUUUCUGGCACCGUUUGUCAGGCCAGCAGCUUCCAUUCUCUUACUCCAUUGGAUGUAAAGAAUUAGCUACAUGGUUUAUCAUCAGCCCUUUUCCUAUGCAGUGGUUAUUUGUUUUGUCGGGCCAGCAGCUUCCAUUCUCUUACUCCAUUGGAUGUAAAGAAUUAGCUACAUGGUUUAUUAUCAGCCCAUUUCCUAUGCA